CUCCGAACCGAAAGUCGUGUUUAUUUUAGCGUCCUUUUUGACCUCUACACAUUACCCGGGCCGUGUUAGAGUGCUCAGUGCUUACUUUUUAACCAUUCAGAUUUUCCAAAGCUUCAAAAAUGGCCAAAUACACUAUUGUUAUGGUUCGUCAUGGAGAAAGUGAAUGGAAUCAGAAGAAUUUAUUCUGUGGAUGGUAUGAUGCAAAUCUCAGUCCUAAAGGUGUGGAUGAAGCAGCUGCUGCUGGAAAAGCUUUAGCCAACGCCAAUUUCAAAUUUGAUAUCGCACACACCUCUGUCUUGACAAGAGCCCAGAAGACUUUAGAGGCAAUUCUAAAAGGGAUUGGACAAGAAGAUUUACCAGUGUGUAAAACAUGGAGACUGAACGAGCGACACUAUGGUGGUCUAACCGGUCUAAACAAGGCUGAAACAGCUGAAAAAUACGGAGAAGAUCAGGUACAAAUUUGGAGGAGAAGCUUUGAUGUUCCACCCCCACCAAUGGAACCAGACCACAAAUAUUACGAUGUAAUUGUCAAUGAUGCUCGCUACAAAGAUGGUCCACCAAAGGACCAGUUUCCCAAGUUUGAAUCUCUCAAACUCACGAUUGAAAGAACUUUGCCGUACUGGAACGACACCAUUAUUCCUCAGUUAAAAGAAGGCAAGAAGAUCCUCAUUGCAGCACACGGCAACAGUUUACGAGGCAUUGUGAAGCAUCUUGAUCAGCUAACAGAUGCAGCGAUCAUGGAACUGAACCUCCCCACGGGUAUUCCAUUUGUUUAUGAGCUAGACGAGAACUUCAAACCUGUUGUGUCUAUGAAGUUCCUGGGAGAUGAAGAAACAGUGAAGAAGGCAAUGGAAGCCGUCGCAGCCCAAGGAAAGAAGAAGUAAAUCAUUCCAUUUUCCAGACAGAGUCAAACUCUGCCAAACUCUCCUCAGGCGCUUGCUCCCCAUUUUGUUAGCUCCGUACCUUAAUUGUGGUUCUAAAUCACUUUUCUGUUUGUAUGUACUCUUAAUAAUUGCAUAUUUUAAUUGUUUUUGUUCAUUGUAACUAGGCGAUGUAAUCACCACUCUUGUCAAAUGUACCCCUUGUGAUCUGAAGUAUUCCUGUCAAAAUAAAUUUAAUUUAUUUAUUUUCAA